GUGUGUUUGUGUAGAUGAAACUACAGGGUUAUUUCCUGUGCAGAGAACUGGCCAUGGGUUUUCUGUGCCAGUUCACGUUCAGAGGAAAACAUGGGGGAUGUCUCACAAUAUCAGAUGUGAGCUGGAGGAAUGUCAGCAAUACCAGUUGCUGGCCCAGCGGAGCGGACUAGGCUUCAGUUUAUGUGAGUACCUUCGCUCACUAGAUUACUGCCGAGAAACUGUAAAGGAGGUUUUUCUUCAAGAGCACAUCGUGAUGGAAAUGGUGGACCUUAAAUUUUUUGGAGAGGCCAAAGCUGCUACAUGCAUAAAGAGACAGAAAGCUGCCCAGAUGGCACAUGCUCCACUUUGUGUGAGGGUGGAUUUUGGUGGAUCCUCAACACAGAUCUGUUUGUCUGUAUUUGAGCCGGGAAUACACAGUUUCUGCCGUCUUGGGAGAAUAUUUGUGACUUACAAUGCUCUGAGGAACACCUGGCAUUGUGCUUGUGCAAAGCCACGAAUAUCAUGUCCUCAUAAAAACAUAGCUAAAUGGCAUCUCUUCCAGACACAGAGAGACAUCUUCAAAUCAACUGUACCACUAUCAUCAAGCACCCCAUCACAGACGACUCAGGAGAGUUCUUCCUUUGAGGACAAUGCUGCCGUCGAAAGGAGUAUACGCUAUAUUUUUAAAGAGAAAAAAAUUCCUGGAUCUCUUCCAGAAAAUGUCAUCUCACAGAAAAUGGAUCAUCAGAAACAGUUCUUUCCAUGUGAAACGUUGUGCCAGGUGUGCCCAGAGCACCCAAAACUUGAUGAGGCUGUUCUAGUUACCAAUAAAGCGAGGAUUGUCAGCAUGAUGGGAGUGACUGAGAAUGUUUCAACACACCAUAGAUCGUGUCCUCAGUGCCACAUGGUCUACAGAUACCAGGAGUGGACAGAUGGGCUUUACAACUUUGACAACCACGUUGUUUUGUCUCUUGAACUUUGCCUUUUUUUGAGAGAAAAUCUGCAGGUGAGGAUCGCAAAAAUAAAAUAUACUCAUCUGAAGAUUGCUUUAAAAAUGUGUUUGUGUCAUUAUGAUAUGUUGGUGCCCGAAUUUAAAUAUCUGUGUAAUCAUAGUCUUCUUCACCCUAUUGUCAUAUUACAGAACCAUGUAUCCGCUUCAAGGGUCAUUGACUCAUUGGAGGGCUUAAGAAGAGUGAAGUUUCCUUCUAGGGAUACCAUUUUUCAUGCUUAUUGCCAUUUUGAGGCUUUGACUGACGCAGAAUACAUGUACUCCUGCAUAAACUGUGGGUUUCACCCCCCCCUGUGGUAGUUAUGGACUUACACAGAAAAGGGGUGUUCAAGU